AUGACAUCUAUAGAAGCAUCAAAGAAAUUUGGUGUUCCAGAAAGCACGAUUAGAAAACAUAAAGAUAAUAGAUCUAAUCGUGUAGGAUCAGGUCGACCAAGUGUUUUAAGUGUGGAUCAAGAGCAAUAUUUGGUGGCUUUAUUACAGGAGCUUCAAUCUAUUGGUGUUCGGCUUACACGAGAAAUUCUAGCAAAAAUUACAGGUGAUUUCAUACGAAUGAUAAAGAAAAGUAAUAAAGAUGUCAGUCGACAUUGGUUUCAAAAUUUUUUCAAACGAAAUUCCGAUAAAUUAAAAAUGAAGAAAGAAUUGAAAUUAGAGAGAUCUCGUCGUGAUAAUUUUACAGAAGAAGUUCGUUCAAAUUGGUUCAGUAAAUUAAAAGGCAAGUACGUUUGCGUUCCGGCUGACAAAAAGUUUGUUUUCGAACAGCAAGGAGGGACUGGUAAAGCAUUUACAACCAUACUAUUAUGUACAAGUGCAAGUGGUGAUGUUCUCCCGCCUCUGGUGGUCUAUGCCGCCAAGGCUGUAAACACACUUUGGUGUGCUGGUGGUGUUCCGGGUACAACUUAUAAAUGUUCUGAAUCAGGUUGGAUAUCAGAAGAAAUAUUUACAGAUUGGUUUAAAAAUCUUUUUCUGGAACAAACAAAAAACAUUGAACGACCAUUAUUACUAGUUAUGGAUAAUCAUCCAGCACAUAUUAAUAUUGAUGUAAUCGAUUCCAAUGAAACAUUAUCAAAUAAUUUUUCAUCAACCACAGUUGUUCAACACUCAAUUGAUGCAUCAGCUAAUAACAGCAUUUUACAAAGUGAAAAUUCUAUGAAUGCAAUGAUCCAAACAGAUGCUGAACAAGAGUCCAUUUCAAACAUUGCAAUAAUUAAAAAUUCAACAAUAGCUCCUGAUCAAUCAUUAAUAAACUUCGUGCCCACAGAUUGGUUAGAUACUGAUGGUGUAUGGUCAACUCAUAUUACUGCUCAAAUAAUUUUACCAGUCGAUGAUAUUGAAGAUGAAGGAAAAACUUUUUGUGAACUUACAACAGUACCCAUUGAAGCAUCACCAUUUAGUCCAACGACUGCGGUUAGAUCAAUAGUAACUAGUUGUCUACAAGAAAUGCAGCCGCCUCCACCACCAGUAACCAGCAAGCGAGUUCGAUUAGAACGUCGAUACGGUGAAGAAAUUACUGCUGAAAGUCUUCUUCAAGAAUUGAAAGAUAAAAAAGCAACUAAAGAUGCUAAGGUCAAACAGCCACCAAAAAAACGAAAAAAAAUCAAAAUUCAACUUCCACAAACAACGUCAACUCAUCAUCGUAAUUUGUAAAAAAAGCUAAAUUCUUCCAUAUUAUUAACUCUUUCAUAGACAUCUUCAAGUAAACCUUCAUUUUUACUGACAACUAUCAGUUUUCAUUUGUAUUUUUUAUAGCCUCAUUCUAUGUAUUUUAUUACUUACUUAAUUCUAUUUAGUUUUCUAACUAUUGUUUUUGUACAAAACUCUAUUUUUUGUGUAACUUUCUAUCAGAAAAAUCUCAUUAUCUACCCUUCACAUAAAAAUAAAAAGAUUUAGCCACAUGUAAAAAUGAAACGAUCGUUUUCUUCACAUAUUUUUCUUUUUGUGAAAUCAACUAUCUUUUGAACAUUAUUCAAUGCAAACCCUUGUUUUAAAAUUGAUCAAAAAAGAAAAUAAAACUUUGCCAGAUAUAGUUAAACCGCUGAUAUAUUGUAGAGAAAAUUCAGGUGAACAACUUUUGUUCCAGAAUAAUAGGCUAAUUUUGAAAUCCGGUAGCAUAUUUAGGCGAAAUUACGUAAAAUUAUCUAACUUCCAUGUAUUUUACAUAGGCCCGUUCUAAUUUGGGGCAACUUUUACAUUACCGUUCUAAUUAUGUGCAGUGCACUUAUUUAGAACGUUUUUACAUCUAAUCAACGAAGCUAGAUAAGCGUAUAUCUAAACAAGAGAAAAAGAUAUCAGGCUGAACCUUUGUAGACAGAUAGAGAAAAAUAUAAGGAAUAACUUUUCUAGCGAACACGUGACUUAAUUUUGAAGUUAUAAGCAGAUAUUACACGUUUUUCUCAUUAUGCCCAUUUUUCUAUGUAUUUCUGCUGGAUCGUUCUAAUUUGGGGCAAAUUUUACAUUAGCGUUCUUAUUGGGGACAUUGCACUUAAAUAGAACGAUGCCAGUCAAGUUCAUUCUACCGCUUAUAAUCUGGUCAUUUUUCAACAUUUUUAGAAUUUUUUUUCAUCAAUAGAUAGAAAAAUAUUUUUUCUACUGAGUUGUAAAAUUUCAGCUCAUUUGCUUAUUUUUUCAUCGAGAUAUUAAAGUCGAAACAUGAUAAUAAAAAAGUACCGUUCUAAUUAGGGGCAUGCGC